AUGUGUCGUUCGUGCAAGAAUGCCUAUUCGUGGUUCAAAAUUCCCGCCAUGCUGUUAGCCUGUUUCUGUUUGCUCAUGUGGCUCAGUCUGGUCGGUCGACGUGCUUAUCUUCGCCGAGUUCACUUGCCAUCUGUCCGCGGGGCCUGUUGCUCAUUGACCGAUCUGGACUAUAUGAAUAAUAACAACAGCAGUAACUCUAGCCGGGCCUAUAUCGUCCGAUUACCACCCCGAUCGUUGACCGGACCGCGUUUGGCUCAGGAGGCACAUCGCGUGCUGUUAACUCCGAGCCGAUCGUCCUCGGGGCGAAAUUCACGACUGAGACAUAGCAGUCCACAACACCGGGAAGGUCGUCAUUCCUCUAACACUUCCGGAUCUCCUACAAGUACCACCGGUAUGCGGUAA